CUGAAUAAGUAGGAGCACAUCUCCUAACGCGAGCUCAUUGUCGAGGAUUUUGAGCGCAAAGGGGUUGUAUCGGUUGUGUUUUGUGUUAAUAAAUAAACAAACAAAUAAUCAAGGAUGAGGGAGAUUGUGCAUUUACAGGCUGGACAGUGCGGCAACCAGAUUGGUGCUAAGUUCUGGGAAGUCAUUAGUGACGAGCAUGGAAUUGACCCGACAGGCAGUUACCAUGGCGACAGCGACCUUCAGCUGGACAGAAUUAAUGUUUAUUAUAAUGAAGCCUCAGGUGGAAAGUAUGUUCCACGUGCUGUGCUGGUUGAUUUGGAGCCUGGUACAAUGGACUCUGUGAGGUCUGGUCCAUUUGGUCAGAUCUUCAGACCAGAUAACUUUGUUUUCGGCCAGAGUGGUGCUGGAAACAACUGGGCUAAGGGCCACUACACUGAAGGAGCUGAGCUGGUUGACUCCGUUUUGGAUGUGGUUCGGAAAGAGGCGGAGAGCUGUGACUGUCUGCAGGGCUUCCGGAAAGUCUUCUCAAUCUGUUCAAGUGUUUCUGAUUUAAUUACUUUUGGAAAUUGCUCAUUUAUCAUGCAUGUCUAG